GGUUUCUGGAACUGAAGAAAGGAACCCUAUUCCAUUAAUGGAUUACAUCCUAAAUGUGAUGAAAUUUGUGGAGUCCAUCCUAAGCAACAACACAACAGAUGACCAUUGCCAGGAAUUUGUGAGCCAAAAGGGGCUACUGCCCCUGGUCACCAUUUUGGGCCUCCCCAAUCUACCUAUCGACUUUCCAACAUCAGCUGCCUGCCAGGCUGUGGCAGGUGUCUGCAAAUCUAUACUGACUCUGUCACAUGAACCAAAAGUCCUUCAAGAGGGACUCCUCCAAUUGGAUUCUGUCCUCUCCUCCUUGGAUUUGCUGCAUGGGCCAAUUGAGUCCCCUGGGGGAUCAGUGCUGCUUCGAGAGCUUGCUUGUUCCAGCAGUGUUGCAGAUGCCACCCUUUCUGCCCAGGCCACCCCCCUCAUACAUGCACUCACAGCUGCUCAUGCAUAUAUCAUGAUGUUUGUUCAUACUUGCAGGGUGGGCCAGGUAAGAGUAACUGUAGGGACUAAUCUCCUGAACCCAUGAGUAAAUUUUCACCCCCAAAAGCCUUCUCUAGUGGAAUAAGAGGUAUGUAUCUCUUAAAUAAUUACAAGGAAAAUUGAGUUUAUA